CGUCACCCUCAGAGCGUCCCUCUCUCUUUCUCAGCAGCACGACUCCUGCCCUCGGUGUCUCCUUGUGCAUUCGUCAAUUGGCUGCAGAGCUAUCCUCUGUUUGUCUCCUUCGUUUACUCGGUCGGCUUCCAGACACAAUGCGGCCGCAAUUUCUUCGUGCGGCCGCACGAUCGAAACACAUCGCCAGUGCUAGGUCUUGCCGGGCCUUUUCGACGACAACGCGGCGUGGUGCGGAAGUCGAGUUAACGAUUGAUGGCAAGAAGGUCUCAAUUGAAGCUGGUUCGGCUCUCAUUCAAGCUUGCGAGAAGGCGGGUGUGACCAUUCCAAGAUAUUGCUACCAUGAGAAACUCUCAAUUGCAGGAAAUUGCCGUAUGUGCUUGGUCGAAGUAGAAAAGGCUCCUAAACCAGUUGCAUCAUGCGCGUGGCCCGUCCAGCCAGGCAUGGUCGUCAAGACGAACUCGCCAUUAACACACAAAGCUAGAGAAGGUGUGAUGGAAUUUCUUCUCGCAAACCAUCCCCUCGAUUGUCCUAUCUGCGACCAAGGUGGUGAAUGUGACUUGCAAGAUCAAUCGAUGCGUUAUGGCGCUGAUCGUGGCCGAUUCCACGAGACUGGUGGAAAGCGUGCCGUCGAAGACAAGAACAUUGGCCCACUGAUUAAGACAUCCAUGAACCGUUGCAUUCACUGCACUCGUUGCGUUCGUUUCAUGAACGAUAUCGCUGGAGCCCCGGAAUUAGGUACUACCGGAAGAGGUAAUGACAUGCAGAUUGGUACAUACUUGGAACAGAAUAUCAGCUCUGAGCUUUCUGCCAAUGUCAUCGAUCUAUGCCCUGUCGGUGCACUUACAUCGAAACCAUACGCUUUCCGGGCUCGUCCUUGGGAAUUGAAACACACCGAAUCCAUUGAUGUUCUCGAUGCUCUCGGUUCAAAUAUUCGUGUGGACGCUCGAGGUAUGGAAGUCAUGCGCAUUCUCCCGAGACUCAACGACGACGUCAAUGAGGAGUGGAUCAAUGAUAAGACUCGGUUUGCCUGUGAUGGUUUGAGGACACAGAGGCUGACUACCCCCCUGAUCCGCCGUGAUGGGAAAUUCACACCCGCAACUUGGGAGCAGGCCCUAACUGAAGUUGCCUCUGCACAUGCCAAGCUAAGCCCCAAAGCUAAUGAAUUCAAGGCUGUUGCUGGUCAUUUGAUUGAAACAGAAUCCCUUGUGGCAAUGAAGGACUUGGCCAACAAGCUCGGUUCUGACAACCUCACCCUUGAUCAACCUGGGGGAGGCUCACCAAUCGCUCAUGGUGUUGAUGUGCGGUCAAACUAUCUCUUCAACUCGAAUAUUGCAGGAGUCGAGGAAGCUGACGCCAUACUUCUCGUUGGAACAAACCCUCGUCACGAGGCUGCAGUGUUGAAUGCUCGUAUCAGGAAACGGUGGCUUCGCUCCGACCUUGAGAUUGGUCUUGUCGGAGAGUCUUUCGAGAGCACCUUCGAAUUUGCACAUCUAGGAAACGAUUUCAAUAGCCUCAAGAAUGUCUUAGCUGGUGACUUUGGCAAAAAGCUUGCAUCCGCUAAGCGCCCUAUGAUCAUCGUUGGAAGUGCCAUUGCCGAACAUCCAGAUGCCAAAUCCGUGUUUGAAGCUGUUGGUCAAUUUGUUGAAAAAAAUGCCUCUAACUUCAUCACCGAAGAGUGGCAAGGCUACAACGUCCUCCAAAGGGCUGCCUCCCGUGCCGGAGCGUACGAGGUUGGCUUUGCAAGCCCUUCUCCGGAGGUUUCGAAUGCCACGCCGAAACUUGUGUGGCUCCUGGGUGCUGAUGAGAUCAGUGCAAGUGACAUACCAAAGGAUGCCUUCGUUGUUUACCAGGGCCACCAUGGAGACCGAGGAGCACAGUUUGCGGAUGUCGUCCUCCCCGGAGCUGCCUACACUGAAAAGUCAGGAACUUAUGUCAACACUGAGGGACGUGUUCAGGUGACACGCGCUGCUGCAUCUAUACCAGGAGCUGCCCGUGAUGACUGGAAGAUUAUUCGGGCUGCAAGUGAAUUUUUAAGCGUGCCAUUGCCAUAUGAUGACAUCGAAGCUCUACGCGACCGCAUGGAAGAGAUCAGCCCUGCACUUCGCAGAUAUGAUGUUAUUGAGUCUACUUCUGUUAAGGGCCUGAGCAAGAUCCAGUUGGUAGACCAGAACAAGGGCAACAAACCCACCGGUGCGCCUUUCAAGAAGCCUAUUGAAGACUUCUACUUCACGGAUUCCAUAUCGCGAAGUUCCUCUACGAUGGCGCGAUGCUCUGCUGCCAAGGCUACCGGUAACCCCGAGACGAAUUUCAUGGCUGCUGGCGAACUAUCUCCACAGGCAGCUUUCGCCUGAUAGGCUUAGAAACAUUGACUUUCGUCUUUUUUGAGGUUGGCGUUUUUAUCCCUUUUGUAAACUUACAGUUGACUAUGUUGUUCCUCAUGUUGUCUUAACUCCAAGUUUCUCUCUUACGAAACCGUUGUCCCUGCCAAUUCUUGCUCCUUCUCUAGCGAAAAGGACUCCUAGGUCGCCGAUCGCACCUCAUCAAAAGUAGUGGGGGAUAGACUUGUAUAUAAAUCGAAUACAAACAUUAAAUCCCAAUAGGGGCUAGAUUGGAGUAAUAAUUCGAAAUGAUCAUUCUUAAAA